AUGGCGACCGCCGGCCAACGCCGCGUAUUCAAGCACGACGGUCGCGUCAUCUAUGAGUGGGAGCAGUCAAUGGAGGAGGUGAAUGUCUUCAUCAAACCUCCGCCAGGCGUCACUGCGCAACAAAUCCAGUGCGACAUCGCCGCCAACCACGUUACGCUGGGGCUGCGUGGCGUUACGGACAAGUUCCUCAAUCACGACCUCGCAAGCUCCGUGGUGGUCGCGGAAAGCUACUGGAUGCUGGACUCUGGAGAGCUGAAUAUUAACCUGCAGAAAAUGAAGAAGGGGUUUAUUUGGCCCAGUGUCUUCGUCGGUCAUGGAGAGUUGGACCCGAUGCAACAAGAAGCUACGAAGCAGCAGAUGAUGUUGGAGCGGUUCCAGGAAGAGAACCCUGGGUUUGACUUCUCUAACGCCGAAUUUAAUGGCGCUGCACCCGACCCACGCACUUUCAUGGGUGGCGUGAAGUACACGUAA